UUCGCGCUGGAUGUCACAUACAAACAAAGUGAUGGGUACACUUGGGGCUGCAAAACUCUAGGGGUUGACACGUGUAUUAUGGAUUAAAAAAAAAGUUGGCGGACAGAAAAAGGAGUUCUGAGGAGCACCAUGGCUUCGGCACGCGGAAACAACCAAGAGUGCUGCUAGUGAAUGUUAUGGUAAUAUUAAACACGCGAGUCACGCCAAGGUGUCUUCAGCCGACUGAGAUAAAAACAACAACAACAAAGGGUGAAAAAGAUAAAAUGAGCACGAAUGGGAGCUUUAUGAACAAUAAUUCGCAGACGCAACCAGAUCUAACUUCUGAUCGCCCACCUUGGGUUGCCACAACUUUGGGAAGCUUUUUGAUUUUUACGAUCGUGGUUGAUAUUUUGGGCAACCUUUUGGUGAUAGUGUCAGUUUACAGAAACAAGAAAUUAAGAAAUGCAGGAAACAUAUUUGUCGUUAGUCUGGCCAUCGCAGACCUGGUAGUGGCAAUUUAUCCUUAUCCAUUGGUCCUUACAUCUAUCUUUCACAAUGGGUGGAAUCUGGGAUAUGCCCACUGCCAGAUUAGUGGAUUUCUAAUGGGAAUUAGUGUGAUUGGCUCUAUUUUUAACAUAAUGGGCAUUGCCAUAAACCGUUAUUGCUAUAUUUGCCACAGUUUAAAAUACGAUAAGCUCUACAGCGACAAAAACUCACUCUGCUAUGUUAUUUUGAUAUGGGUUCUGACUGUCAUUGCCAUUGUGCCCAACCUGUUUGUGGGAUCAUUACAAUAUGAUGCACGAGUUUAUUCUUGCACUUUUAUGCAAUCUGUCAGCUCAGUUUAUACCAUUGCAAUUGUGUUCUUCCACUUUAUUCUUCCUAUAAUGAUUGUUACCUACUGUUAUAUGAGAAUAUGGAUUUUGGUAAUCCAGGUAAGAAAAAGAGUGAAGCCUGAAAUAAGGCCUAAACUUAGUUCUCACGAUGUCAGGAAUUUUGUCACCAUGUUUGUGGUGUUUGUUCUUUUUGCAGUCUGUUGGGCGCCACUUAAUUUUAUUGGCCUUGCAGUUGCUGUAAAUUCAGGGAAGAAAGUACCCAGAAUUCCAGAAUGGCUUUUUGUUGCUAGCUAUUUCAUGGCCUAUUUCAACAGCUGCCUUAAUGCCAUCAUUUAUGGACUACUGAACCAGAACUUCAGAAGAGAAUACAAGAGGAUCAUCAUCUCAGUUUGUACAGCACGGAUUUUCUUUAUUGAUAGUUCUAAUGAAGCAGGUGAAAGAAUCAAAAGCAAGCCAUCAAAUGUAAUGACUAACAACAAUCAGGUGAAAGUGGAUUCUGUUUGACUACGACAUUUAAUUGCUGUGAAAAAAUGCCAAAAAUGUACUGAUGUUACUAGUGUAAUAAAAACUUAAAGUUGACUAUUUCUACUUUUAUGUUGAUAUAUGGCAGAUUUGUUUUUAUUUAAUGCAGUUGUUUUCCUAUUUUUUCUAUAUUUGGUAUAAAAUGUACAUUUUAAUCUGAGAUUAUUUCUUUCUCUUUCCUGAAAUGUGUAUUUUCAUACUGAAAAUUAGAAUAUGUGUAUGCAAAUAUACAAAGUGAAAACAAUACAUAAACGUCUUAAAUAAUUACUUGUAGGUACUUGGAUGCCAAGGUUUUUGUCAAAUCUACAAUUUGUUCUGGGAUUCACCAGUGAUUGUUUUUUUAGUGCCAGUGCUGCAUUUGCUAUAAUUAUUACUUUAAUACACUUUAAAUUUGUUGGUUCAUUUAAAGCAUUAAAUAGAGUAACAUUUUGCUUACACACUUUCCAACUUUACAUAAAGAGUACAACUUAAAUAUAUUUGCCAUUUUCAAUGCAGUCAGAUCGCAUGGCAGAAACUAGUUGUUAGCUGUCAGAUCUGAACCUGCAAAGUUCACAUUUUGAAGUCCAAGCAACAUCCGAGUUAGACAAGGGAUAAUUCUGUUUUUCUCAGUUUUUUUGGAAAAAUAACCAAUAAUGUACUAUUUUAAAAUCUGAUCAAAUAUUGUUAGUUGUAUUGCAGCAUAACCCUGACCAAGAUAAUGAGUUGUAUACUAGACGUAUGGAUUUAAAUUUGAAUUUCUAAAUGAAAAGUUUAACAUAUCAGGUCAAUUUCACCAUAAUUAUAUUGGAAAUGAUCUUUACAAUAUUUCUUUUCUAUAAUGAUUUGUCAACUGUUUUUCUUUAUGUAGCUGAACACAUUAUAGGUUCUUGAAGGGUGGCAUUUUGGUGCAAUAAUUACAAUUAUUACCUCAUAUCUCUGAGCCUCCAGGCUUUAUUUCUGGUCAAAGGAAUGUCUGUGUAGAGUUUGCACAUUCCACACUUGUCUGUGUGGAUAUUAUUCUGAUACCCUCCCACAUCCCAAAGUCAUAUAUGUUAAGUAGGGUCUUUAAAUUGGCCAGGUGUGAGUGACACAGUGCUGUGUACUCUGAAAACAGGUGGUGUCCAGUUCUUGGUAGAGUCCAACCUUGCAUCCCAGAUUGCUGGAAUGGGCU